AUAAUACUUAUCAUUCUAUUAACCAUGAAAGUGAAAGAUAAUUUAAUCAGUAUUAAAUAUGUGACAUAGUGAAAAUGUAUUUAACAUGUUCCUUUAUUUUUUUCAUUUUUCUCAAACUUCAAGAUGUGGAAAUUUUAGCACAAGAGCCGUCUGCUUAUUGUUUUAGAUUUACGUGGUUGGGACCAAUGGUUGACAAUUCAAAAGUCAAUUGUUCCAUAAUUAAGAAUACUCCAUGUGUUAAACCAUUUUUUAAUUCUUCAACUCCACCGAUAUUAACAGAUUUAUGGUCAAAUAAAGAUCAAUACACUUGUUCCAUGAAUCCUGGUUAUGUGUGUAUAAAACAUACAUUUAUUUACAAUAAUGCUGUUAUUAAUAGUACGCACUUUUGUGGAAAAAUGAUAGAGGAUAAGACCACAGCAAUUACAUCGAAUUGUUAUACACAACAGGUAGAUGGACACACAAUUGAAUCAUGUGCUUGUUUAUCAGAUCGAGGAAUGCGUCCGUGUAAUUCUGCAAAAAUUAACGAAUAUUCCUUUUUAUUUCUUUUUAUUUUAUUUUUAACGAAAAUGGUUUAAUUUUUUGUAUUUUUGUUAUAAUUUCAAGAUUUAUAUUAAAUAAUAUUUUUGUAG